CUAAAUAAAAUUCUUUAAAAAUCCAAGUGUUAAUUGAAAGACCCACUUACACAGGAGUUUUUAAUUCUAGUUGAGUAUACCUUUGGAUGAAGAGAGAGAAGUUUGAGAGCUCCAAAUUCCAAAAAAAAUGUCAUCUUGGUUUCCCUCAAUUUUCAAUGAUAAUCGUUCGCCCCAACCCUCUUCCCCCACAACUCCCUCUGCCGGCGUUAAGGAAGACCUUUCCACCCUAUUCAGCGGCGUCGCUGCCUUUCUUGCGCCGCCGCCGCCGCCGCCCAAAGCGGAUAUGAUUUCGGGAAUAAAGAACGACUUGGCGGAAAUUCAGGGUACCUUUAAAUCGGGACUCUCUUUACUCUCCUCAAAAUUCACUUCCAAUUUAUUGCAGUUUCCGAUGGAAACGAAGGAUAGUAAUGAUGAUGAUGAUGAUGAUUUGGAGGAGGAUGGUGCAGUGGGAAUCACUGAGGAAGUUGUGGAUUUUGUUAGAAAAAUUUCAUCAAGGCCUGCUCUUUGGAUUGAUUUUCCUAUCUCUCUUCCCGAAGAUGUUGAUAUGUCUGACUACCAGAGAGAACAUGCUGCAGAAAUUGAGCAUUUGGUACCAAAUCUCGUGAAUCUAAGGCAGAAAAUUAGCGGUCAAAUAAGCCACGGGAAAUUUUGGAUGAUCUAUUUUAUUUUAUUGUUCCCCAGGUUGAAUGAAGAGGAUUUAAAGCUUUUGUCAACUCCAGAGGGUGUUGAAAUGAGUGAGAAACUUUUUCAGAAGUUGCAAAAUAAAAGCAAUGCAUGUGAAGAUACAAUCGAGAAUUCAAAGACCAUUGGUUCUUCCGAGGAGGAUGGUGUCAACAAAGGAGAGGAAAGCACAUCCCAGUAUAACAUGUCGAACGAGACUCUAAAUGCGACAAAAGAAACAAAAGUUGCUAGCGAUAUGGAUUCAGAUCAUAGGUCUCCAAAGAAAUCUGAUAACGAGGAUGGAUUUUCGUUGAGUGAUUUGGAGGAGGAUGACAAUGAUCUAUCAGGAUUUAAAAAGACACAGUUCAAGAAAGUUCUAUCAGCAAGUGAUGGCAAAGAAUGGGUUGAACUGAAUGAAAAUUCCAGAGAUCAAGAUGAUCGACGAGAGGUAAGCAUCAGAGAUAAAGGGUCGGAAUCUGAAGAAUCAAGUGAUUGGUUCACUGUCGACAAAUUUGAUAUAGACAAUUCGACAGUAGUUUGAACCUUUGAAAUCUGUAAAUUCUUUUUCUAUUUUUUCUUCUAUUUUCCUUGUGAGUAUACUGUGAUCUGAUUUUUUUCUGUUUGAUUUUACCAUUUUGCACAUAUGACUGCAACAUUUUCUUAAAAGUUUAAUUUAAUGGGGGUGAAAUACUGUCA